AUGAAAUUUGUUUUGGCUACUGUACUUUUUGUAGUGUUGGCACAAGCCAAGGAUACGGUAGGUUUAAUCUAAGCUACAAUAACCUGCAAUUUUUUGAUAUACUAGAUUUUUAAACUCUACAGUACCUACCUACCUACAGUAAGCUACAGUACCCCCUUCCUAUUCAUUUUUCGUUGCAGGAGCCAACAGUCAAAAAACCAUUGUGCUCAAGUUGUCUGAUCACGGCAAACGCCGUGAAAAAUGCCAACAAAAAUGGGAACAUCAAAAAUGUGAGUCUGGUUUCUCUAACUCUCUAACCUCUCAUAGCUCUUCGAUAUCUCUGCGUCUCUAACAUUCUGCCUGGUCUCUAGCUUCUCUGUUGUGAGCUCACAAUCAUAGAAUGCAGAAUUUUCUUCAGAACCUCAAAACCGCUUGCUCAACAAUCACGAAAAAUGAGCAAAUGUGCUCGAAUGCAGUGAACGCGGCAUCGAUUUAUUUGACGAUUACACCAGCUGAUAAAUUGUGUGCGCAAGUUCAAUUGUGCUCGGCGAGCAGCACGGGAUUGUUGGGUGGAUUGAGUUCGGGAAUUCAGGGAGCUUCUGAUGUGGCAGCGGGGGCUCUUGGGAAGGCUAGUGACGUGGCAACGGGGGCUCUUGGAUCUUUGAGUUCAGGUAAGUCUUGGGACAGCUAGAUGGAAGCUCUGGCGUGUUUUUCAGUUGCUGAUGUGGCUUCUGGAACCCUCGGAGUCUUGACUUAAGGAGCUUCUGAUGUAGCUUCUGGAUCUCUAGGCUCUUUGACUUCAGGAGUGUCCUCAGCCUCCAACAUAGCUUCUGAAACCCUCGGCUCCCUAACAUCUGGAAUUUCUUCAGCAUCUGGAAAAGCUUCUGACUUGGCAUCUGGAACUCUUGGCUCCCUAACUUCUGGAAUCUCAUCCGCAUCUUCUGGAUUGACUUCUGGCCUCGGAAGCAUCCGAAAAACUCGCCAAACUCAUGACGAAAUUCAAGCGGCUCUUCAAGAUUUGCUGGAUUUUUUCAACAAUUUGGAUAAUGUUAAUCAUCAUGGUGAUUAA